CUUGGAGGUUGAAAUCUUAAGAGUAGAAGAGAGAGGAGAAAAUAAUGAAGGACUGAUUUGGAAAUUUUAUGGAGAUUGCAACGGACAAGCAAUUCUCCGAUCGAUCACCGAUUCGAUUCUCUGCUAAACAUAACUCACAUUAAUUCUCUAUAUCAUUCGUGUUAUUCAUAUGCACGAUCUGGAUUCUGGAACAAUGAGUGAUGUAUUUGAGGGGUACGAGCGCCAUUACUGCGAGCUCUCUGUCAAUCUCUCAAACAAAUGCACACCAACCACCAUUGUUGAUGGAGAGCAAAGGAAGCAGAGAAAUGCAGAGAUAAAAGCUGCAUUGGAUGAAGCUGAUGAUUUGAUUAGGAAGAUGGACCUCGAGGCAAGGAGUCUGCAGCCGAGUGUGAAGACGACGCUUCUUCCCAAGGUGAGAGAAUACAAAACCGAUUUGAACAACUUGAAGAGCCUAGUUAAGAGAAUAACAACAACAGAGAUCAGUCAUUUGGCCCGCGAGGAGUUGUUGGGGUCUGGAGAAGCAGAUACCUUGACGGCCUCAAAUGAUCAAAGAGGAAGGUUGUUGAUGACAACAGAAAGAAUAAACCAGUCAAGUGACAGAAUCAAGGCGAGUAGAAGAACAGUGCUGGAAACAGAGGAGCUUGGUGUUACGAUUCUCCAAGAAUUGCAUCAACAACGCCAGUCUCUUCUACAUUCCAGUAACAAUUUGCAUGCGGUGGAUGAAACUAUUACCAACAGUAAGAAGGUUCUGGUAGCCAUGACAAGAAGGAUGAGCAGAAACAAAUGGAUCAUGGGUUCCAUUGUAGGAGUUCUGGUCCUUGCAAUCCUGCUUAUUCUUUACUUGAAGAUAUCACACUAGGCUUACUGUCCUGCCAUGCCUUGUUUCAUUGAUUUGAAAUAUCUCUCAUACUGGUUUGUAUGUUAUCUAAUAAUUUCUCUUCCUAUUCUAAACUUUCAGAUAUUUUCUGUUCUUGCUGAUGUGUCUACUUGUUUAUCA